AUGUUGCUUCGCCGUAGUGUUGUUGUAGGCCUAUUGAGCCUAGCUACCCCAAUCACUGCAGCCACUCAUCGCGCUUUUGUUGGAAACGAAGGCGGCCCAGAUGUCUUGUACACACUCGAGUUCGACGACGAGUUGCUGACACUGGAGCUGCUGAGAAACAACAGUCUGCCAGCGGCCAGUGGGUGGCUAGCCUUGAGUGUAUUUCAGGGUGACAAAAAGACAUUGUACAGCACAAACAUGGGCGACAUUUCGGGCAGCCAACCUUACCUGGUGAGCUACUCGGUGGAUGAAGAUGCGAACUUGGAGUACUCUGGCGGCCUUAGCGGCGGUAGUGGUCGGGGUUUAGGCGUUUGGGCGGGCGCUAGGCCAAUACCCCCAUACGAAGUUCACCUGGCAUAUCUGACUGCCCAAUCAGUGGUGUCUGUCUCGGCUAAUGGUUCGCUCGUCGGCGAAACCCAAAACCUCACAUUUGGAGGCUCAUAUCUGCACGGCGGUGCAUUUCACCCCAACUCCAAGUAUCUCUAUACCUUUGACGUGGACGUUGAUACCAUCUGGACGCACGAGAUUGACGACACUACCGGCGAUAUCACUUAUGUGGCCAACUCCUCCGUCCCAGAUCCCGUGUCAGGACCUCGUCAUGGUGUCGUCCACCCCAAUGGCAAAUAUCUCUAUAUUGUUACCGAGACCUCCAACCACGUUGCACAAUUCACCAUUGACAAUGCGACUGGGAUCCCCACCUUCGACAACGUCUAUUUCUCGCUAUUGGGCGUAGGUCAGAAUAAUUCCAACUAUUGGUCCGCCGAGGUGAACCUGUCGCCGAGCAAUUCCUUCCUGUGGGCCACGAGGCGGGGACGCUCCUCGGAGUAUCUUGGUGCUGUUGGCCUGCAUACCUUGAACGAGGAAGGGAGCAUGGAAAAACAGAAUUUCCUCAUCGACACUUCCACCAGCGGAGGGUUGUCAAACUUGGUGCAGCCUACUCUAUUUUCAGAUCGUUGGGUGGCACUGCCAGAUCUAGAGCAAGGCUUUGUGGAAAUGUGGGAAUUGGCCCAAGAUAACAGUACUGCGACGGUUAUCGCACAUUUAGAUCUAGCCGAUGGAGGUUGCUGCGAAAAUCUUGUGUGGUUGAAUUAA